CGGGAACAAAAUAAAAUUGUACUUUUUAGAGUUGUUGCAGGGACCGCUCGGUGAAGCACGACGGUGGAGUUGGGGCUCAGCAGUAUUGGGGUUCCUGUAUUACAACAUGUGCAAGGCCGCCAAAGCGAACAGGAGAAAUAUUGGGGGAUGCUUGCUUCUAUUGCAGAUUUGGGCGUGGGAGAGAUUGCUCAUGGUGCGGCCGCGAAACGUUUUGCCAUAUGAGAAUCUACAGGAUAUGCCCUAUGGGUGCAGGUGGGCAUGUCGGCACAAUUGGGAACAAAGUUCUCGGUAUACUCUACGUAUUUAUCGAGAUCAGUUGGACGGGAUCCGAGAGAACGAGUUCGUGUGGCUCCCAUACGCAUUACAAGCCCUCCCCAGGUUCUGUGUCGCGGGAGUAGAUUUGUGGACAUCUAAUGUCAUGCUUAUAUAUUGUGACAUUUCUGAGAUGUACUACCCCGGUAGAUUUUGUCGUCAAUUCGGUGCAAUGCAACAUAUUCCUCCCGCAGCGGAAUCACAAGCUAGCCACCAUGCAAGUGGUGCAAAAAAUUCUGGAUGGCCAUUGAUACUAUGGGCGGUGAGGCACAAUCGUCGUAUCGCAUUUGAGUUCGUUGAUCAUCCCACCUACACUCCUGCGUACCGUGAAUGGUACGCAAAUGUCGGGAAACGACGGAUUUGCAAUCCGUUACAUGGUCGACCUACAACGGGUUAUGUAACUACUAACAGGGAGACAAGUACACUAAUGCAAUGUAUGAGCGAUAUCUAUCGGCGCAUGGCAGCUCCAUUUGACGUCGAAGACAUUCGCGAGCAAAUUGCACGAUGCCUUACAGGAUUAGGUGCCGAGAAUGUGCUUCAUCAAGACAUCAUUUUCUAUGGGGAUGCCCAUGAUGAUGCAGUGGAUGAUCAUCCUC